UCUGUGAGUCGCCAAUGCCUAAUGAGGCUGUUCUUGCUCUUGAAAAUGAUUAAUGUUCUGCGACCACGUCGGUCGAAAGUGUUCAGAGUAAGAUACAGUAAAAGAUUGCCCCUAAUUUGCCAUUUUGACUUCAAACAUAUGCAUUAUGUCUAGUGGUAAAUGGUCCUCGAAACUCACCCCAUCUUUCACUCCAAGCAACUCCAACAUCUCCAGUCAACAAGGCAAAGACUUGGCCAGUCAAGAUGACCUCACAAAGUCAUCCACGCAAGUUGUGAGCAACUUCUCUGAACCCCUCAAGUCUUGGUGAGCAUUUAACAUUCAAAAGCAACUCCUAAAUAGCCAAAGAAACUGAACUCCACCUCUCACAGACUCCUCUCAUGGCUUCCAAAUAUGCCUCAUUUUUCCUACUGUCGGUGCACUAUCUAUCUGCAACAUGCGAGCAAGCACACCCCAACUUGAUCAGAUUAGGUUCUUCACUCUCCCCCACAGAUCAUUCCACCCCAUGGCUUUCGCCUUCCGGUCGCUUCGCUUUCGGUUUCUACCAGAACGGGAAUGGAUUCUCGGUAGGAAUUUGGAUGAUGGGUGAGGCAGAAAACACAACCACAUGGACCGCAAACCGAGAUGAUCGACCAGUGCCGUCCACAGCCAUACUCGAAUUAACACUUGAUGGUAAGCUCCUCCUCACUGAUUCCGGGAACAGUAAGUUGAUUGCUUCUGUACCUGAAUUAGCUUCCUACGCUGCCAUGAAUGAUUCCGGGAACUUUAUACUCUACAAUAAAGAUGAUCAUGUCAUUUGGGAUAGUUUUAGUUUCCCUACCGAUACAAUAAUGGGAGGCCAAUCUCUGUCUCGCGGGGAUGCAUUGCUUUCGAGUGUGUCGAAGAGUAAUCGCUCGACAGGACGAUUUCGCCUCGAGAUGCAGCACGAUGGUAAUCUUGUGCUUUACCCCAUUUACACUCCAAACAUAUCACUGGAUGCUUACUGGGCUUCGGAUACAUGGGGUGAUCCGAAUCUGGAUUUGCAUCUGAAUUCGACAGGCGCAUUGCUUCUCAUCAACAAUACAGAUUCGACGGUGCAAAAGAUAUUGCAUGGUGGCUCCUUGGCAUUCAAUAAUUCAAUUAUGUACCGUGCAGUGUUGGACUCGAAUGGAAUUCUUCAACUAUACUCUCAUAGUUUCAACCGCUUUUACGAGUAUAAAACCUCCCUCGAGUGGUCAGCACCGGAUGAUAAAUGCAGCGUGAAGAGCUUUUGUGGGUUCAACAGCUAUUGUACUUUGGAUGAUGAUCAGCCCGUUUGUCGUUGCCUACCUGGCACUGAUUUCGUUGAUAUGGACCAGAAAUCUCACGGGUGCGAUAGGAAUUUCACUGAAGAGUGGUGUAGACAUUCUGCAGGAAACGCCUCCUCUCGCAACAUCGUGUCUAUGGAGAACAUGGCUUGGGAUGACCCUCCAUAUUUCCAGGCAAAAAUGCAAAAGGAUGAUUGCAGCAAGUCCUGCUUGGAGGAUUGCGACUGCGACGUAGCACUCUUCGACUCAGAUAGUUACUGUAUGAAGCAAAAGCUUCCUCUGAAGUAUGCUAGGAGAGAUCCACAAGCAUCAUCAACAGCAUUCUUCAAAGUGGGGUUUGAGGGUGUAAAGGAAAAACAAACAAAUGAGACCAUUUCAGAGGAGCUGCCGACGGUCAUAAUAAGGACCAAGGACGCAACGGUUCUCCUCCUCGUAGUGACCCUAGGCCUCGUGAUGUGGUCAUGCGUUGCCCUUGCAAUUGCUGGUCUUUUUGCGUUCAAGUUGCGGUUUUUUGAGUACAGAAAGUUAUUAGAUAGAGGAGAUAUUGGUUUGUCAGAGGAGCUCGCCCUGAGGUCAUUUUCCUACAAAGAGCUCAAAAGGGCGACUAAUGGUUUUAAGGAAGAGCUGGGAAAGGGAUCGUUCGGAGCAGUCUACAAGGGAAGUUUGUCGAGAGGCAGAAGAAUCAUCGCUGUCAAGAGACUGGAGAAGGUGAUCAAUGAAGGCGAGAGGGAGUUCCGUGCUGAAAUGCGGGUGAUUGGAAGGACUCAUCACAAGAAUUUAGUCCGGUUGCUUGGUUACUGUGCUGACAAGUCUAAGAGGCUUCUCGUCUACGAGUUUAUGAGCAAUGGCUCCCUCGCAGACCUUCUGUUCCGAUCUCAAAGGCGUCCGGAUUGGAAUGAGAGAGUGAGAAUUGCCUCAGAGAUUGCAAAGGGAAUUCUUUACUUACAUGAGGAGUGCGACGCCCCAAUCAUUCACUGUGACAUUAAGCCCCAAAACAUCCUGAUGGACGACUUUUGGACGGCCAAAAUCUCCGAUUUCGGGCUAGCGAAGCUCCUGAUGCCCGACCAAACCCGGACCUUCACAGGAGUCCGAGGGACGAGAGGAUACAUGGCCCCCGAAUGGCAAAAGAACACUCCGAUUUCGUUGAAGACGGAUGUCUACAGUUACGGGAUCAUGCUCCUGGAGAUCGUGUGCUGCCGGCGGAACAUGGAGGUCAACGUUCAGAGGCCCGAGGAGAUUGUUCUUUCUUCUUGGGUCUACCAGCAAUUUGGAGCGAGAGAGCUCGAGAAGCUGGUUCUGGGCGAAGAAAUAGAGAAGUCGUCCCUGGAGAAACUGAUCAAGGUCGGGUUGUGGUGCAUUCAGGACGAGCCGGCACUUCGUCCUUCGAUGAAAUGUGUGGUGAUGAUGUUGGAAGGGAUAACUGAUAUAGCUGUUCCUCCAUGUCCAACUGCUGCUUCCUCUUAACCGAGUACCCAAGUAGAAAUUUACAACACUUCAUGAGAUCAUAGUUUCAUUCUCUGUACUUGAGACAUACUGUACUUUUUCCAAGUUGAUCUUUUUCUGGGUUAAAUAAGGACGAUGUGUGUUCUGUGCUACAUCAUCAGCUCAUGAAGAUGGGGAUAUCUGCAACCAUGGAAGUUAUGUAGGUUCUCUCUCAUUUUCCACCAACAAUGAGAGUCAUCCAAUUGAUUCUCUGUUAUUUUUGCCUCACCAUCCUUUUGUUAUCCCCUCAGCUGGUUAGCUCCCGAUGGUGCAACACUGUCAGGCUUUUGUGAAUGAACAGAGCUAAGGCAUUUAUAAAUGCAAUAUCAUCACUUUUAUAUUAA